GUAUGUAUGCGAUUCAACGCCUUUCACCUCUCUUAGUCCCAUUUCCUCUCUACAACACCGAGUACAACUCUGAACGCCGACCCAUGACGAACCAGCACAGAACAUAAUACCUUUGAACCUCCGUGCCUCCCUUGCCUCUCUCCCCCUACCAAAGUUCACCACCAGCCGAAGUAUUCCCGCAACGUUCAGGGACAAAGCGUAAACAAACAAACAAACAGCCACUCUCCGCACGGAGGUUGAAAAAGGAAAGGAACAGAAGAAACAAAAAAAAGCGAAAGAGAUAAGCAAGCAGGCAAAGCACACACACCCAAAAAGGAAGGGAAACGAUGUGGCAACUACACACACUGCUGAGGAGAGACAAAUGCGUCAACCCAAACCCCAAUGACGACGUAUGCGAGAAAUACACGAGCCAGUUUCUGACCACGGGGGUGCCCCUGCUCAUAAGCCUAUGGUAUGAUUGCUUUGCUUGCCGGAAAGAUACAGAGAGUACCUCGCACCGAAGUACUCGAACCCUCCUCCCUCGUUGCUGCUGACACUUUUCCCAACCGACGCACAGCCUGUUCAUCAUCCUCGCCAUCGUCCUCUUCGUCAUCGUCCGCCGCAAGCGCCGCCAGCGGCACGCCCAAGAGGCCGAGAAGAACCGCGAGAUCGACGACGACACCGGCGACCUGGAGCUGGUCGUCAACACGUACCCGCGAGACCAGGCGUAUAAACAUUUCGAGGCGCAGGAGACGACGUCACAGAGCCAGCGGCAAGGGUCGGGACAGGGACAGGUACAGGGCCUGGGACUGGGACUGGGGCCGCAGAAUCCGUUCGAGGCGGAUCUCGAGAGAGGGGGGAGUCGCGACGUGUCGCCGGUGGGACGAUGACAUCUCAGAGAAAAUUGGGAGGGCAUUUUGAGUGUUUUGGGGUGUAAAACCAAAAAAUGGGGGAAAGGCGCCUUUUGUCGUAUGCCCUUUUUUUUCGCUUGGGGUAUGGGACUUGGAACCGAAACCAAAAGUGAACAAUGAAUGAAUGGUAUUGCAUGUUCACAAUUCAUCGUCAUCAUUUAGCGCUUGUCGGUAAAACUCGACGUUAG